UGGAAAUGAAACAUCGAAACCGACCGGACACGACAUCCAUUAGGUAGGUAAGGUACAUAGGCAAUUUAGGCCCUACUAGCCGAAGCUGGUAAUCACGCGUUUUGUCAGAGAAUACUUGGGUUGCAUAUCAUUGACUUGGUAAGCUUUGAAAUGGGAAUUAAAAAGUUAAUUAACUACCUCCUAGGUAGGUACUGAGUAUAUAAAGUGCAACUUUUUAGAUACAAGGGGAGCAUCUGUCCUCCUUGGCAUUUUGGUACGGAAUAGAAUGGAUCCAAUCGUGAUUAUCGUUCCAAGUCCCCAAGUUUACUAAAUUUAUUCGGGCUGUCUUGGUAUAUACAUAUGACUAGGGUCUAGCUUGUUAUCAUUUUCGAUCUUUAAUUUCUUUACCUCGUCGAUAUUUUGUUUUGUUUUUUCUUUUAAAUCUCUGUCUCACCUAUCAGCCUAUUCUCUAUUCUUCCAGACCCUAUUCCGUGUACCGACAAGCUGAUAUUGGCACUGACUGACCCCUGACUUUGCUCUCCUUUUCACACUCCCUCGCUCAAUUUAUAAACGCAGCUAGCCGUCCGCGUGUGAGGUAGAAAGGAGAAUCAAAACUUUUGAUGUUGUGGCGUUCAACUAUUGUCAAUUGCUUUCAAUACCUGAAUACUAGAUUCUCAACUCGGCCUUUAAAAUACUCUUGUAUUCUUUCUUUCGCCGCAACCGCAGCGACUCCAAAGCUACACCCCACCGGAAUUAAUUCUCCGCCACCAAGAUUCGCAAUGGCCUCCCAUUUUGCCAGCAUCAGCGGCGCUCGCUCUAAUGCUAACCCCUAUAGGGUUUUGAUUGCUGGUGGCUGUUACGGCGGCCUGGCUGUGGCCGUUAAUUUACUCGAAAAGUGCGACACUAUCGAGUCUCCCAUCCCGGUCGAGAUCACCAUUGUUGAUGAGCGCGAUGGUUUCUACCAUGUAAUUGGUUCACCUCUUGCUUUGGCGUCGAAUAGUUACGCGGAGAAGGCCUGGGUAAACUUCAAGGAUAUCCCCGUGCUGCAGAGACCGGACGUACGGUUCGUCCACGGUACUGUCAGCAAGGUCGAUUGCGAGAACAAGACAGCAACUAUUGUUGAGCAGCCAGAUCAAGUAUCGCGGGAUGAAGUGUACGAUUUCUUUGUUGCCUCCACUGGACUUCGACGUGUCUGGCCUGUAGUACCGCAAUCGGCGAGGAGAGAGGACUAUCUUGAAGAGGCCCGUCGGCACAUCGAUGCCGUAACCAACAGCACCGCGCCGGUACUCAUUGUUGGCGGAGGCGCUGUGGGUAUUGAGAUGGCGGCUGAAUUAAAAGAGGUUCAACCUAACGUCAAGGUUUCGCUGGCGCACUCUCGGGCCAAGCUACUGUCAGCUGAGCCGCUCCCUGAUAACGUCAAGGACUGCGCGCUAGAUCUGACAGAGCAAGCCGGCGUCGAUGUGCUCCUAAACCACCGAUUGAAGAGUAAGACUCCGGUGAAGGAUGAGAACGGGACCGAAGUGUUCGAGGUCGAGUUCGAAAACGGCCACAAGAUGAUUGCGAGCCAAGUUGUCAUGGCCAUCUCCCGCAGCGUACCGUCGACCACUUAUCUCCCCGAGGAUUCACUCAGCGAGGACCGUUACGUCAACAUCAAGCCAACUCUGCAGCUCUCUUCGGACAAGGUCCCCAAUGCCGAGUCUCACUUUGCUGUCGGUGAUCUGAUAAACUGGUCGGGUAUUAAGCGCUGCGGUUCAGCCAUGCACCAGGGCCGCUACGCGGGGUUAAACAUCCACCAGCUCAUGCUGCAAGACAUACAAGGCAAGGAGCCCGUGUUCAAUGAGUUAGGUGAGGUUCCGCCCAUGAUCGGCCUCGCUGUCGGCAAGAACGCCCUUUCGUACGGCGGAGAUGGCAUGAAGCACGGAAAACAGGUGAUGGAAUGGUUCUUCGAGGAGGACCUAGGUUUCCGAAUCGUCUGGGAUCAUCUUCGUCUAGGUGGUAUUAAGGCGUGAAUGGACUAAAAGCCUUUUCUGUGCUUUGCUUUGACUGGGGUGUACUGGCGUUAGGUAUUGGGGUUCUGGGACAAAAUGAUUUGACGAUUUUCGGGACGAUUUUCGCGGGUAUCUUACGACCGCAUCACGAAAAUUAGAUAGCUCUUAUUAAUACGUUGUUAAUAUGAGUAAACUUUCUCAAUCCGUUAAAAUGUAUAUAUAAUAGAUAUGUAUUUGGUAUAUCUGAUGCAUUUAUGAUAAUCUGAA